UGGAUGCAGAAGAAGAAGCAGCAGCAGUGGCAGCAGCAGCAGCUCGGAUCCGGACGAGAGUUGACCUGGGCUGGGGGGUGGGGGGACUGAAAGUGUAUGUGUGUAUGCAUGCAUGCGUGUGCAUGUGCGUGCAUGUGUGCGAGCGUGCUGCGCGUCCGGCGGAGACACUGCAGGAGCAAGAGGGGCUCACAACUUGGCUCUGCCCCUGUGUGUCGCCGCGGCUCGCUCCUCUUUCCCCGGGACACAGGCAGCUGGCGUGGGUGAGAUGUGAAGAGGCUUGAAGUAUGGCAUGCAAGGAUGGUCUCUGCCAAGAAGAAGGAGAUGGUGACAGCGAUGCGCCCCGCUUUGAUUCGGACCCUCUUCUACUUUUUCUGUUUGGCGACUUGUGUGAAGAAAAUCUCUGGACAAACAAAGAAGGAUGAAAGGAUCUACCCGGAGAAUUUUACUCGCAUUUUGGACCGACUUCUGGACGGCUAUGACAACAGGCUGCGACCAGGAUUCGGAGGCCCUGUGACUGAGGUCAAGACCGACAUUUAUGUGACGAGCUUUGGGCCCGUGUCAGAUGUUGAAAUGGAAUACACAAUGGACGUGUUCUUCCGUCAGACGUGGGUGGACCGGAGGCUGAUGUACGAGGGCCCCAUAGAGAUUUUGAGGCUGAACAACCUGAUGGUGACUAAAGUGUGGACACCGGACACCUUCUUCAGGAAUGGCAAGAGGUCAGUUGCUCACAACAUGACUGCCCCCAACAAGCUCUUCCGCAUCAUGAAGAAUGGCACCAUCCUCUACACCAUGAGGUUGACUAUUAGCGCAGAGUGUCCCAUGAAGCUUGUGGACUUCCCCAUGGAUGGACACGCAUGUCCCCUCAAGUUUGGAAGCUACGCUUAUCCUAAGACGGAGAUGAUCUAUACUUGGACUAAAGGGCCUCAGCAUUCGGUGGAGGUCCCUCCUGAAUCCUCCAGCCUCGUUCAGUAUGAUCUCAUCGGCCAGACGGUCUCCAGUGAAACGAUUAAAUCCAUCACAGGUGAAUAUGUGGUGAUGACGGUCUAUUUCCACUUGAAGCGCAAAAUGGGCUACUUCAUGAUUCAGACGUAUAUCCCCUGCAUAAUGACAGUAAUCCUCUCUCAAGUGUCCUUCUGGAUAAAUAAGGAAUCAGUGCCGGCGCGCACCGUUUUCGGCAUCACCACCGUCCUGACCAUGACGACGCUCAGCAUCAGCGCUCGCCACUCCCUCCCCAAGGUCUCGUACGCCACCGCCAUGGACUGGUUCAUCGCCGUCUGCUUCGCCUUCGUCUUCUCCGCCCUCAUCGAGUUUGCCGCCGUCAACUACUUCACCAAUGCACAGAUUGAGCGGGCCAAAAAGAAGCCGGCCAAAUGUCCCCCGGUGCCCCAGACCACACCUGUCAAGGUCAAGGACGCAGAGGAAGUGCUGCAGCAAAAUCCCGAUUCCAACGGCAAUCUGAGAAAGCGGAUGAAUUACAUUUCCCAGCAGGAGCCCGGCGGCGCCCAACAGAGAGCCCAGUCCACCAUCAACAUCUCGGGCGUAGGAAGAGCGAGGCCGCUGCGACCCCUGGCCAGCGGGGCCAACGGCAGCUCCUCCACGCUCUCCCGCUCCAGCCCCAAGUCCGAGAGCCUGCUGAGCGUGGCCUCCUCCUCCGCCCAGCUGGUGAAGAGCACGCCCCAGCCCGCGGCGUCCACGCCGGACGUGAUGGCGGCGGCGACGCCGUGCAAGCCCAACCCGGGCUCGGCGUCGCUGCAGCACCUGCUGGCGCCCAAGCUGGAGCGCAUCCAGAUGAUGGGGAACAAGCUGGAGCCCAAGCAGACGCCGUGCUCUCAGCCCACCACCGCCGGCAUGGGAGGAACCAGCAAAAUUGACAAGUACGCGCGGUUCCUGUUCCCGGUGUCCUUCGGCGCUUUUAACAUGGUCUACUGGGUGGUGUACUUAUCGAAGGACACGAUGGUGGCUAAAGGCGGCUAGGCUUCGCCCCGGCAACAGACAGGAGGGAUGAUCCUUUCUUUUAACACGCGGAAAGCAAAUCAGGAUAAUGGGAGUUCGUGAACAAUAAGAAGAAACUUGUUUUUUGCCAAACAGGUGAAUGUGCUGGACGAAGCACUUCUACAUCCUGGAGGACGCAUUCAGAAUACAUUUAUUUUUCUCUUCCUACGGUCCUGGAACAGCAAGCAUGGGAACAAAUCAACUCAAUUUAGAAAUAUCUGACUCAACAUAAGCAAGAGCACCUGCACACUGGGAUAUAAUACUGUCCUCUUUAUAUCACAUCGGACCGUAAAGGUCUCCAUUGGCUUCAGUUGCCUCAUCAUCUAUUUUGGACUGCGCUCGAGACAAAGCAUGGGAUUUUGUUUUUCCUACUUUUUUGUACCCCGCACCUGUCGAGACGUUUGGAUGCGCGCGCCCUGAAACCGAACUGCUCCGACAGUGUAAAUAUAUGAAUUUAUUAGGAUAAACAGAUUUAUAUUUAAUGAAUACACGCUACUUCCAUUUGAACUUGGUGCCCUGGUGCCAGCAGGUUAGAAGAUGCAGAGUUAAAUCAUCUCAAAUAAGGGUCCCUUACAGAUCACUUGUUGUGGUUCUGCGAAAUUAUGGUUUUUGAUUGCCGGACAUAUGAGUUUUAAACGAAUAUGAAAUAGAUUUGGUCAGAAUAAAAGUCCGGGGGUUAAGUGGAGAUUAGGCCGCGACUUGAUCAACCAUGAAAAGCUUUUCUCUUGUACACUACCUACUUGGUAAGCAUCGAGAUGGAUUAACUAAUCUGAAAGGCUGAAGAUGAAAUUUGGGGAUAAGUCCGGCAGGAAGUAGUAAAGACAAGUUAUUAAUUUAUGCAGCAGUAGGGUUUAAGCUCCUUUCCUGCCAUAAUAGGUUGAGAAUAGCAGACAAAGAUUGUGUAAGUGAUUAAAAAUGAGCUGCUGCAUGAAAAGAAAAAAAAAACACAUACACGGAACAGAAAGUGCCCGUGGAACAAGUUUUUUUUUUUUUUUUUGUAGACAUUUUGUCAUGCUCAGUGAAAGAAUGUUACCAAACAUCGGCUGCAGGGGAGAAACACAAGAGCUGACUGCUGUCCUCCACAAUCUUAACACAAGUGUGACUGGAUGAAGAAAAAAAAACCUGAUGAGAGUCUGCAGGACUGCUGCUGUGUAGGGCUGCUCUUUUGACUUGGAUUGUUAAAAAUCAGACCAAAUGCUUUCAUUAUUAUUCCUGUUGAGAUGAGAAGGUCGGUACGGGUUCUCAGAGUGAGAAAUAAGGCCACACUAAACAACAAACCGACACUGGAUCAAAUCCCGAUUCUGUUUCUGAAUCCUUCUCAAACUAAUUAUUGAUCAUUUGAUCACUGUAAACCAUCUUAAGACACCAGUACCAUGUCAGCAACGCCAGGCGGAUCAGCAGGAGGUGUAGCUCCUUACUUUGUAAUGAGGAUGCAAAACUGUUAUUUUCUGUAGGUUCACGUACUCGUUGAAGCAUUUCAUGGCGCACACUGUCCCGUGAGUAAAAUCCUUCCGAGUCGGGGUUCAUAUCUCAGCCUGGAAACAGCUGUUUCAGUUCAGUUCUGUUUAUAUAGCACCAAUAACAAUACAAAUUAUCUCAAGAUGCUUUGCAAAAACCUGAAACCUCCAGAGCAAAAGAACAGGAAGGGACCUUGAGCAGAACCCAGCUCAUAUGGAAGAACCCAUCUGCAAACUUCUGUCAUAGAUACAUUCAUCUGACUAAAGGAAACACUCAGACUGUAAUAAUACAAGAUAUAGCUGAUGGUCAUGGGCAGGUUGGAGAACUGUCCAUCCAGGUAACAGUGGUUGACUGCAGGAGGCUAUGAAGACUGGGCAGGUUGAAAGCUUUAAAGGUGACAAAGUCCACCUACCAGCUUCCACAUACAUUUAAAUCUCAUAAAUGAAAUCCACCGAUUAGACUCCAGGAAGUCACUUAGCUAGCGUCGUUGUUUCCACCUGUUUCGGCUGUGGUGUCAUCUUCAGAGAGCAAACGUGAGAGCGGUAUCAAAAUCCUCACUCAACACUUGGCAAGAAAUGGAAUAAGAGUAAUGAAUUUCGUAAUCCGAAUGUGACGCGCGAACGUGACACGAUGCAUUUCUUCUGUGAAACCAACUAUUUUCCGCCCGGUGAAUGUAGUUUAGACGCUUCUCAAAAGGCUCAUGUAAAAGCAAAGGGACUUGUCACCGGUUUCCGGUGGUAAUCGAGUCCUUGAUUAGGUAGGGGACGCCCUUAACCAGAUAAGACACAGCAUGACGCCCGUUGGAGGUGAAGCAGGGGACGCCUCGUCAUUGAGUCCUUGUCUCUGGGUAAAGACACAUCUGGUGAUCGCUUGCUAAACAUUAAGGACAAAGGACACAUCACAAAAUCGCAGUUUUGGUUAAUGACUGGCACCGAGAGACGUUUAAACAUCAAGUUAUCUUCAGAAGUGAGAGGUGCUGACGUGACUCACCCUGAAACGUCUGUAUUUAUAACCGGGCUCAGUUAACAGGCCGCAAUUCCUCACGGCCUUAUUUUCUCGCCCUCCUCGCCGAAGGAGCUGAAGGUUAAACAGGUGGCGGGAUGAGCUCAGCGCCGCCGCGCCCCUCUGCAGACGGGGAUGUCGUGCGGAUACGGCGUGCGUGGGCCUCUCGCGAUGCAGUGCGUGCCUAGUUGGAGCUCUAAUAGCCAUAACAUCCAUGCGGUCAUGGUCGUUUGGCGCUCGCUCAUCGCUCAGUCUAACAGGAGUCAUGAUGCUGCCACGGCGACGGGGGGGAAAACGCGCGGCCUGACGGACAGAUCAAGAUGCCCGGCGCCACUCACCUCUCCUAAACCGAGCCAUGUGUGAAAUUGAUUUUGCUGUUACGACCCCCCCGUUGGUCCGUGCUCUCCCCUCCACCCUCCCCACGUCUUCUCUGUCGGUAACAACAGGGUGCAAAAUACAUCUCAUCACGGAAACACACAACAUCCACGGACUAACGAGGGCCGUGUCAACAGCAGAUUGAUGUCCGGUGUUUAUGUGCAGCAGUUCUGCCACCUUGAGUGUGUGCAUGGUUGAUGGAGCUGCCAACGUGGGGUUGUGGGAUUUAUUUUAUUUAUCUCUUUCUUCCACAGACGCUCUGUUCUGUUCUGGUUGACAGACAGACAGACAGACAGUUGGAGAUUCGCACCUAGACAUGUUGAAAUCUGACGCUGAGAUUCGUGAUCUCUAUUAAUCAUCAUCAAGGGCGUAAAAAUAGCUUCGUCAGAAACUCGGCCGUGCAGAUAACGGGGGAGAACGGGACGUCCGUUGUAGCUUGAGAAGACAGUUGAAGUAAAGCGCGGUGUAACACUCCCUCUAGUGGCUCAACUGAUCCAUUUUUUUUUUUUUUUUAAACUGAAGAAGUGGUACAGUACAACUCUACAGACAACUAUCCUGCUUUCCUUCAUGAAAACAUUAAUUAGCAUAGCAACUGGUACAACAGGUACUGGAAAACAUUUAUACUGAAUAUGCUAUGGCCCUCUAAAAUAUUCCUACUGUAUGAAGGAUAAACUCUGACCCACUUUGCUUCACUUGAAUUAGAUUUGUGUGGCGUCUCCCUGCGUCUGCGUAGCUUCUCUCCGGCUUCUUCCCACCGUCCGAAGACGUGCUCGUUAGGUUAAUUGGCUAAUCUAAAGUAGCCAUAUGUAGUGUACCCCGCCUCUCAACCAGGGACAGCUGGGAAAGGUGGUUUACCGAAAAUGAAUGAAUGAAGCAGUCACCCUUUAAUCCAUUACAUAUAAAAGUUUUCAAAUGCCUGUGACUGAUGGAUAAUUAUCUUUGUGUCUUUAAUACAACACGAGGAACUUAUUUUUAGCAAACAAUGCUUUAAUUCAGAAAUUUGGUCACUGCUUGUCUCGCAAACCAAAACUCCACCUUUAAUAAGGUCCUAUAAAACCUUCAGUAUUGAAAUCUCUAUUAAUUAUAUCAUUCUAAUACAUGUAGUGAGGCUUAAAGUGCAACAUUUGCCUCUAAAGUAAAACUACAGAAAAUGGAAAUACUGCUUCCACUGUUUGCUAAUUGCACCAAUUUCUGCAAAAGGAGCAAAGCCUCCUUUAUUUUAUCAUCAAAAACGUUCUGAAAUCAAUUGUUUUACAAAAUAUCAAGGAACUUGAAAGAUCAAUUCAAACCUCCUCAUAGCUAACAUACGUAAUAAUCUCUGUACUUCUCUAGAAUAACAUUUAUUCUAAGACUAAAAAUCAAACUUGUGCAGGUUUAUUUUUUUUGCACGGAUGAAACUUUGUAGUUUUACAUCAACUCGUGUGCACAACCACAUUAAUAUAAAGUAAUACAGUCACAUAUUAACAGGGCACUGAAGAGCUUUAGGGACGCUUGAAAUACCUCAAAGACAGUGACCUGGUUAUUUCUCGUGCUGUGUCUCACGCCUAAAAAGGAACCACUAGAGGGAGUAUGGCGCUGUGAUUUUUAUUUAUUUUUUUAUUUUUUCCCCUUCAAAUCAGACUUCACAGCAUAAGAUCAAGAUGGGUCUCAGCACAACAUGUCCAAACAGGGUGAUUUGCAUUUACUUUAGUGUCUAAUUUCUAAUGUGAAAGAUCUAUUGAUAGCAUUUUAUUAGAGGAGUCGUGCUCCGAGAAGAGCUCCGUCACUCCGUCUAAUCAUUCGUUUCAUUUCACGGGCAGCUCUCUAGAGAUUCGCAGACUAACAACGCAGGUCUGCCCUCCAUAUUAUUAUUCUUAUCAGUCAUCCGUCUUCGCAGAUGAGAAUCCUUCAAGUCUAGGGGAGGCAGUGAUUUAGGGCAAGCAUCUGGGUUUGUCUGGUGUAAAUACAAAAGCCCCUGCAACGAAAAAACAACCAACUGACUCAACUUUAUCCCUAAAUCUGGACAUGUCUUCAUAUAUCCUGUGUUUUUAAAAGACACUUGUUUUCUUAUGAUACGUUGGGAGUUAUCUCUAACUGAGCUUUAACAGACUUGGUGUGUUUGGAUUGUGAUUAUUAACUUCGCAGAAGAGAAAGAUUCAUUCCACUGUUUCCUCAAUUUGCAUUCCUCUGUGUGAUGUAUGUCUGUGUUUGUCACAUGUGAAAAGAUUUAAAUUCACCACGAUCUUUUGUAGUAUUCCUUUGGGCGGAUUUCUCGCGCAGCUUGUGUAUCUGAGUGCUUUCACUUAGCCCAGUUUCUGGAAUGCCACAGGCCAAUAUAAUUAACAUGUGGGCCUUUGGUAGUUAAUAGGAUGAUACAUCCUAAUUUGUAUAACACUUUCUAGCACACGUGCGAGUCAUUUGGGGGGUUAUUAAUAAUCCCCGGUGGAGAGGGACGCCGUGAUUCCAGACGUUUGUUGUGUCACAACGCGGAAAAUAAAAAAAAAACAAA